UCAUGUGAUCAGACCACAAAAAAAAACAACUACACAACCAUUUUUCAUAGUGAAAACAAAGCUGUAGUGUGAGUAUGGCUCAAGCCCAUCGUCCCGACAGGUUUGCUGUUCUGUCUCCUUUGGAAGAGUCUAGUGCGGAGGUCAGCAGAGAUAGCGGCAUCGUUUCCCAGAGCGCCAGCAGCUUGUCCAUGGUCAGCGAGGCCCUCAGUAGCGGAACUGUCUCUCAAAGCCCCAGCUUCGGCGCUGCGGUGUCUCAGAGUCCCAGCUUCAGCUCCGGGGAGCCCGUGCUAGAGUGCGUGGACGAUGAGAUCCUGAGACACACCGCUCAAAGUUACUCUGCGUACAUCAGAGCCAAUGCAAGUGAUGAGAUCAUUAAUUUAGAGAAGAGUCUGGAGGAAAUGCUCACAAGAGUAGAUGAAUUUGUAGGAAUGCUUGAUAUGAUCCGCAAUGAUACCUCACAAAUCGUCAACGAGAAUCUACCUCAAAUCCACCGAAAAUCGGAAGAGAUGAGACAAAUCUAUAGAAAGAUUGACAAGUUGGAAGCUUUUGUGAAGAUGGUUGGUGCCAAUGUGAAUGCAAUGGACGAGCAGGUAACCCAGGCGGAAGGGGAAGUGGGGACCUUACCCGGAGCCUUCAAAAAGAUCUUCCGCACCAUGAGCGUUCCAGGAUUCCUAAAUAAACCCUCCAGCCCCAGAAGACCCCAGCAUCACAGUCAAGAGCUCCCUGCUGUGUUCCGUACCCAUGACUAUUUCCCUCCUCACACAGAUCACUCCGGCGGAGUGUAGACCAAUGCCAACCAUCUCAUACCCUGAACAUUUGUAAUGGCUGUAGGGCUAUAGAGAGGAAUAGCAACUGCUGUGGAAAGACCCCACGGUGCUCCAGCUUCAAGAGCAAUAUGGACCCAGGCGCUAGGUGUAAUCUGGAUUUUUAUCUUUUGUUUCAGUUGGCGUUUGAACCAGUACAACUUUGUAGCCAAAUUAUUAUUAUUAUUUUUUUUAAAGAUGGAUGUCCAAGUGCCUCUUUCUGUUAAACUGUCCCAUGUGUCUGCUGGGAGGUUGAAGUUGAAAUGUCUGGCGUAAUAGGUACUGCAUAUCAACUACUGUAAAUAGAUUUAUACAAUAAUUCUAUUGCAUAUAUAGUACUUACCUUUUCUUGCAUUAAGGGGAUUUGCGUUAAAAUGAUGUGUUAUAACAUAUACAUUGUUUUUGUUCAAUUUGCUAUGCAGUCACAAAUGACCAAAUGCUACUGAUUAUAUUUCUGUUCAUUUUCCAGAAUGGACAACAUGACCUAACACAUUAUGUUUAUACCUCUAUUUGCCAACUGUAAUAACAUAACUGAAUUUAUUAAAGAAAAAAGUUUUUAAGUAAA